AUGCGGACCCGGGAGAAGUUAAUGGCGGCGUCGACGCGACAAUCAGGAGGACCCUCUUCAAGCUGGCGCCAGUUAGUGGCACUUCCGUCUCCAUCACGACAGUCACCAGACGACGCCAGUGGAGAGAACCGAUCCGGCAGACCUCACUCCGUCGCCCCGAAGGCAUGGCGGCAACAGGUCUACGGGGGAAAGCACACCAGCCGAGCCUCGUGGGUCCGCGGUGUCCGAGGUCGCGAGAAAGACUGUGGAACAGCCAGACGACGGUCGAGUCCCGACCUGAAGGUGUCCGCCCCGGCGAGACGAACGGCCCUCGGCGUCGGGGAGCCGAAGGGCAGAAUGGCCGAGCGCAAAAGGCAAGCCUCGGGCCGGCUGCAAAAUUGGCGGGCAGCGGCCAUGUUGCGCGAGCGAGGCAGCCGCCAUGUUGCGCAAGGCGAGAUUGGCGACAAGGCGCGAGCCGAUGAGGCACCGAAUAACGAGGCGACUCAGCAAGGCAGCCAGAGCAGUAGUGCAUGA